CACGUCACUUGAAAGCCCACCUUGGCAGUGGUCUGAAUGUUCUACACCUGACUUCUCUCACUCGUGUCGAAUGGGUGAACCCGGAGAACAAUGUCGUCUCGUGCACUACGGAAGGCCCAGCGUGAGCUGGAAGAGAAGAAACAGCUAGAACAACCAAAAGCAGACGCUAAUUCUGAAGAUGAAUCUGAAGAUGGAACUGAUGCUCCAGCUUUAACAUCGCAGGGCCCAAGUAUGUUCGCAUUGUUAGGUGAUGCAGAUGACCAGAAUGAUGAAGAGCCUGAUGAACAGGCCAGAGAUGCUACCACGCCUGACUACAGCGACGAACAGCAGACCCCUCAGCCAGUGAAAGCUAAGAAGAAAAAGAAGAAAAAGGGAAAACGUCAAAAGACAACCGAGGACGUAGACACCAACAGAGCAGGAGAAGCUCUGUCAGAGAAAGUGCUUGAUGAGAUUGAUCUUGCUCUUCGUGCGCUGUCAGUUAAAGACUCCAAAGCACGAGGUAACGGCCUGCUUGAUCUACAGCCAACGAUAUCUCCUGAACAGCACGAGUUAUGUAAGCUACUGGCCGUUGAAACCCAACAUCUUCAUGCCGCAAACGAGAUGAGGAAACUUUUUGGCAGAGCAGCGUUGGAAGCCAAUGAGGAUGAAGAUGGACACGGGCAGCGAAGACGAAGAAUGCAGCGAGGAAAUGAACGCGCUGGUGCAGUAGCUGGUCGCAAUGCAGGUGGCCGCAACCUCGCAGCGAUCGGACUUCGCAAGAAUAUAUUUGUCCAAGGGAAGGAGGAAUGGCCCAGAGCAACGCUGGGUGGGCUGGGCAUGGAAAUAAUCGAGAAACGAAAGGACGGGACGGUGCUGUACAAGUUCGUUCAUAAUAGCGCCUACCAAGAUGUACAACGUCAAUUCAACGAGUGUGUAGCAUCAAUGGACCCAAAUAGGAUGGUGCAGCUACUGCAAUACAAUCCUUCGCACAUCUCAACUCUCCUACAAGUUUCAGAGAUUGCCAAACAUGAGAGGGACCGAGCAACAUCUGGAGAUCUACUGGAACGUGCAUUAUUCUCAUUUGGUAAAGCAGUACACUCUACCUUUCCCAUGAAUCUAGCGCAAGGAAAAGCUCGUUUGGACUUCAAAAGACCCGAGAAUAGAGAAUUUUGGUUGGCUGGAUGGAGAUACAUCGCCAUACUGGGCCAGAAGGCCACUUGGAGAACGGCUUUCGAAUGGGCUCUGCUCUUGCUGAGUCUCGAUCCCUUAGGGGACCCGUACUGUGUGUCUCUAGUAAUCGAUCAGCUAGCCAUCCGAAGUCGACAGCCGCAGAGAUUGAUUGACUUAUGGGAUUCGGAGUAUUUGAGCUCCAAAUGGCACAGAUUGGCGAACAUUUCAAUGAGCGUUGGUCUUGCGUACGUCCAGGUCAAGGAGCCCGCUCUUGGGCGAACAGUCCUCAAGAAGGCCAUUGAGCAGUAUCCUUGGGUCGCCAUGCGCCUGUUUCAGGAACUCGACCUUCAACCGAUUCCUGGCAGUAUCUGGGGAAAGCAAGUUCGCUCAGAGGUCGAGAAUAUAUUCACAGAGCUCUACGUGAAAAAAUCAAAGGACAUCUGGAAUACUCCAGAGGCCACGACGAUCCUGAUGGAGGUUGCUUCAUCUGCACAACCAAAUCCCUCGCCAGACAUGUCCAUAUACACCGGUUUUGACGAAUUAGACUAUACUCGCCAUAUAAUGCUUACAGACGACCAAAGCUUGAUAGGUCUGCUGGACAGAAGAUUGACCUCUAGUCUGACAUCUGUGUCUGAUCCCCUACCUCCCCGAGACAACAUUUCGUCUUACAGUGCGGCACGACAAGGUCGCGCAUCCGGGAGCAGAGCCUCAGCUCUAGAGAUAGUCAGAGAACUAUCAGCUCUAGAGACUUUCUUCCGCAACCUCCUCCCGUUCUUCCCUCAGGCAGGCCAGGAGAGAGCGCAAGGUGCCUCUGCCUUUAUCGACCCAGACACAGGCGAAGUACCUACACCACAGGAUCUGGAGCAGAGGAUAAUGGCGUCCGGAAUAGAACUUGAUGUGAUUCUGGCGCGUUCCACGCGUAUGCAAGAGUUGCAGCGCGAGUUGGAUAUAGUCCUGAGAGAGACAGACUCGGAGGAGAACAUUGAAGCUCUAAGACUAUGGAACGAGCACAACACGGCAGGCGAAACAUGACGUUAAUCCUUCUUCCUCCAGCUCGGAUAGACCGCAAAUGGCAACGAAGAAUAGAAGCCUGCUUUGGGGUUAUUAAGGGGUAUAAGUUAAAAAGUGAUGUUUCGUGAGUCGGAAUAAUGAAUCCAUUCUGCGUGCGUUGGUAGGUAAUGGUCCCGCCAACCAAG